UCGUAUUUUAAUCUUCGGGUCAAAGAUUAAAAACCAUUCGCUGAACAUAAUUAUUAUAAAAGGAAUACAUUUCAUUAGUUAAACGUUCUAUGGUCGAAUCGUAUGCUGAACAAACAAUUUUAUCUCUCAUAAUCAAAUUAAGAUUUAAAUAUUUCAAGUGAUUAUCAAAUGGUUAAAGUAUCUAAUAGUUUUUUCAAGGCCGCGGCCUUUAGAGCAGUAAUUUUAGGAGCUCCAGGAUCAGGUAAAGGAACAAUUUCUUCAAGAAUUGUCAAGGCUUUUGGAGUCACCCAUAUCUCCACUGGUGACAAGCUCCGAGAAAAUGCGUUGAAAAGUACAGAAUUAGGAAAACAAGUAAAAAAAUACAUUAAUGAAGGUAUUUUGGUGCCAGACGAGACAAUGAUCAACAUUGUUACUCAUGAAAUAGAAACCAGUAAUGGAGCAAAUUAUUUACUUGAUGGAUUUCCAAGAACUUUGGUUCAGGCAGAAAUGCUUCAGAAACAAUAUCCAAUCAAUUUCGUGUUGAAUUUAAUUGUUCCUCACUCAGUAAUUAUUGAAAGAGUAAAAAAUAGAUGGGUUCAUCUAAAAAGUGGAAGGGUUUAUAACAUAGGAUUUAAUGAUCCUAAAAUACCGGGAAAAGAUGAUGAAACUGGUGAGUCUCUUAGCCAAAGAAUUGAUGAUAGACCUGAGAUAGUGGCAAAAAGACUUAACGAAUAUUCCGCACAAGUAAAACCAGUAAUUGAAUAUUAUAAAAAAUUAGGAAUUUUGAAAACUUUUGAAGGAAGCAGCACAGAUGAAUUGUGGCCAAAAAUACAAAAGUUUAUAAAUCAGCAUAUCAAAAGCUAAUGAUAUAUUUUAAUCAUUACAUAAAACCAAAGAUAGAAUUACUUUAAUAGUGAUUAAAUUAACAAUGGUAUAAUGAUAACUAUUAUCGCUUCAAAGAUUAAAUAUUUUGUAUGAUUUAUUUACUCUGACAUUUCGGAGUGCCGUAAUAAGUAUUCAUAAUUGAUAUUUUUUCUGAAAUGUACAUUUAGAUGAAUUUUAUUUAAAGAAUGACAAUAAAUAGGUAGAAUUUUUGGAUUGAUUUAUUCGUUAAAUUUUUUAAAUACAUUUACAUUUUUCAUCUACAAUAUGAUAAUUUACAUUUUUUUGU